AUGGACUUGCGCGUCAAUGAGCACCUGCUCCAUGAACGCGCAGAGCAUCUGACGACCCGGGCCAACGUUUUGGAGCACGAGCUAUACGCAAGCCAGGCAAUCGUCGAAGACCUGUCACAUCGUCUACGUGAAGCGACUAUCAAUGACGUCCCUCAAGCAGCCGCGUCGGCGGUCAACGACGCAUUGGUGGAUUUUUUCGUGUACAAGCGCACUAAAUUCAAGAAGCUCAUUGACGCGGACGCCAAGGAAAAAAAGACAAGACUACCUAGGAUGGUCGUCAACGGCAAUUCGUAUCGGCGCGUCGACGAAAACGAGCCCGCGCUGCAGACUGUCGGACCGCAUCGAGUCACUUCUACCAUGCUCAAGGACAUUGCGUACGACCGCUGGCUCUACGACGAUAGUAUCAACACGUGGCUGUUCAUGGUCACAGCGUUGUCGAACGAAGUGCAUUCCAAGCCUUCCAGACUUUUGUGUCUGGACAGCACGUCGUGGGCGACCGACUGCCAACGGGCGGGUCCAGUUCUGCACAAGAAGCGAAACUGGAUGGCCUACGACUACGUGCUCUUACCAACCAACAUCAACCGCGCGCAUUGGGCCCUUGCCGUCGUUGCCGUCAACGAGAACAAGGUGUUCGUUUACGACUCGUGGCCGUGGGACUCGAAGGAGCUGAAGAAGGUACUCAACCGUAUCGACACCACCAUCAAGCUCCACAAGAAGAAGGCACCCCGCACAGAGUUCGGAUCCGUUGCUCGUCAGGACGACUGGCCAGUGAGUUUUGUUGCCCUGCGCCAGAAGAACAAUUUCGAUUGCGGCGUGUACCUCGCAGCUGUGGCCGAGCGCUACGCCAUGUCCUCUCCAGUUGACGUGCACACGCUCACAGACAAUUUAUGUGCUUCGUACCGCGGAUACAUGAUUAAGUCGCUUCUUAAUGGAAAAAUUGAUUGA